GUGGCUGAGUCAAUAGCACUGACGUGAGCUAUUCCCCUCUAUAUCCGGCGUCUCUGUCAGCUGCUCUGCUGCAUCCUUUUGUUCCCGGGAUAACUCCAGUGAGGCACAUCAUGUAGGCUCUGCUACUUACUUGGCAGAUGCUUUCCCUUCCUUUUAAACAGCUCUUUCCAUGUGUCCUUCCGUCUGAUUAUUAAGAAUGCUGCACUCCAAGAGGUUCCUGGGUGGAGCUGCAGAUGAACGGGAACGGCAACAGCACCGACAACGGCAACGGCAAGAACGGGGGUCUGGAGCACGUCCCUUCCUCCUCCUCCAUCCACAAUGGGGACAUGGAGAAGAUCCUCCUGGAUGCCCAGCACGAGUCAGGACAGAGCAGCUCAAGAGGUAGUUCCCACUGUGACAGCCCUUCACCUCAAGAUGAUGGACAGAUAACUUUUGAUGUGGAAAUGCACACAAGUAAAGACAGUAGUUCUCAGUCCGAAGAAGAAGCAGCAGAAGGAGAGAAGGAAUUGGAAGUUUUGAAGAAAAGUGCAGACUGGGUGUCAGACUGGUCAAGUAGGCCUGAAAACAUUCCUCCCAAGGAAUUCCAUUUCAGACAUCCCAAACGUUCAGUGUCCCUAAGUAUGAGAAAAAGUGGAGCAAUGAAAAAAGGUGGCAUUUUCUCUGCAGAAUUCCUGAAGGUUUUCAUUCCAUCUCUGUUCAUAUCUCAUGUUUUGGCUCUGGGAUUAGGGAUCUACAUCGGGAAGCGCCUGACCACGCCCUCGGCCAGCACCUACUGAGCCCCCGCCCCGGGACGCUCCUUCUGUCUCCUUUCGUUUGGAGCCCAUCCUCAGCAUGCCCCUGCCUCCGCCCUCCCCUCCCAUCCCAGGGAAUUCCGCCGGAAUUCCGGGGGUUCGGCCGCCCCCCGGCAGAGUUCCCCCCGCAGGAGCCAGUUCCUCCCGCAGGAGUUCCCCCCGUGGCUCUGUCGUCGCAAGGGCUUCUCUUCUCUCCACGCCAAAACUGCCACCAGCAAGUCCCCUCCGGUCCUUUCGUGCCCCCCACCCCGAGCUCUGGGCCUGCUGGAAGCAGAGCUCCUGCUGGAAGCGUCGCUGGGAAAGCCUCUGGAAGGAAGGGAGGGACUGAAGAGUUCUUCCGAGGUGGAAUCACCGGAGAAAUCACCGGCAAUAAAACCCCAGUUUAAAGCAGCUUUUUUUGGGGGGAGAGUUUCCUUGGCCCCUCCUAUUGGCACCGUUUGAUUUGCAGGAGGCCAAGACUGCAUCAGUUUUCCAGUAGGAUAAACUUAAAAUCCAUCAGCAUAUUUUAAUAUUAGGUAAUCGUUGUAAUCUUGUCUUUUCUAUGAAGUCGGCUCCUUUAUUCCUUGUAGGAAAAAAAAAAACCUGUCUGAUACCUAGAAUAUAUUAGAAAAAAAAAAUGGCAUCGUUUGCAUGUAAAGAAGAGUUUUUUCUUUUCCUUUACCUUGUUUUCUUAAGGGGAAAUUUGAAAUGUGAAAAAAAGUAGUUUUAAAUUAAGGAAAAACCCAACAGCUGUAGGUGUAGUUAAGCUCUUAAGUGUAAAAGGAAAUGACUCUUGUUUGUUGUGGAACCAUUUAUAACUGAAAUGGCAGUUUCAGCCAGCAAAUGUUUGAUUUCUCAUUAUUAAUUUCUCAUUAAAGGGGGGGACAGUCUUGCAGGUGCAUAAAAAAGGUUCAGAAGUCGUGGAAUGUCUUCUGCAAAUGAAUUUUUCCAUCCUCCUCUCUCUCAUUGUUUACUGUACAAUCUCCUUUUUGGGGAUACUCUUGGAAACCUGGAAGUCACUCGUGGUGUCUCCAUCUUAGACAGACUCUCACUGCUGUCGUUGAACUUUUAUCUUAGGGAACAUUGUUAAGCCUUGUCCUCCUUCAGUGACACUUCUUUUUCAGAAAUGUGAAGCUUUAGUACCAAAUUGUUACAAAGCAUUGGGACACUCGUGUCCUUAAAUAGAUUUUAUUGGAGUUCAGAACAUGUAGCAUGACUCUGAAGGACAGAAUACUCUUUUUUUAUAUAUAUAUGAAUAUAUAAAAAAAAAAUAUGAUAUAGACUUUAAUACUAAGUAUUUAGGGAACCAAUGCUAAUUUUAAGACUAGCAAAAAAUCUUAAUUAAAUAAAAACUUUAGUUGGCUGACUCGCAGAAGAUAAAGAAAUCCAGUCAGCCAGUUUGGAGAGAACAGCUACCUAUAAUUGUUUUGCUUGCAUCAGACUUUAUAAUAAGUUGAUUAUUUGAUAGAGCAGUGAUUGCUUGAACCAGUUGAUGCAUAGAAGCUAAAGCCCAGCUGAGAUGUGGUUGAAAAAAACUUAGUUAGCUCCCAGGAAGUAAAAAAAGUGCAGUGUGACCCCACUGCUAAAGUGUAUUUAUUUGUAUUCUCUGUUUCUGAGCGCUGUCAGACCAUGCUUUCGGGGUGACAGGGCAGCCUAACAGCAAAUUCUCUGGAAUAAUCUGCUUUUUUCCCCCCUUUUAGUGGCACUUGAGUUGCCUCCAAGUGUGUAUUUGUUCCAGGCUGGAGACUGGGUUUCACCCAGAGGUGGGGGAGGGAAGGGGGAAGUGCUGGAGGGUGUUUUAGAGAGCACCAAGCACUUCAUUUUCCAGCCCUAAAAAACCAGGGCAGGGGAGAAAGGCUGAAACACUUUUCAGUUCUAACCCAGCACCUUGUUCUGGAUGGAAAUGGGAGUAGUGGAAAAAUAGAUUUUUACCAAGCAGGGAGUACUUUUUAAAGAGGAAAAAAAAAACCAAAACCCAACGAAUUCCCCAUUUCUGAAUUCCAAGGUAAUUAAUUCUUCAGGAUAUCUGCUAAAAUAACAUUGCAAGCUUGUGGCUGGAGUAUCAACGCCACGUGUGAGAUCUGAGGUAAAAUGAAAUAAAAAUUGUUUUUUAUUUCAAAUUGGAGCUGAGGUCACUGUAACACUCGCUGGGAUACAAUGCAGUAUUUAUUGAUACCCUACAUAAGCUCUGGAGGAGAGUCUACAACUUUUAGUUUUACAAUGAGCAGGAACCAGAUCGUUGUACAAUUUGAAAAAGGGGUUUCAACUCUUUUGACAAGUUGGAAGUUUUGUUAAGAUAAACGUUGUUUAAAAAGAAAAAAAAAAAAAAAGCUUUAUACCUGUUUACAGUUUUGGAAAAAAGAAAUAAAAAAGAAAAAAACACACAAAAAAAAAAGACACAAAAAACCACACACAAAGCAGGCUUCAUUUUUCUUACAUUCAGUGAAAAACUGGCCUCGACUAUUUGUAAAUAGGAUCAAGAAAAAAAAAAAAAGGCAUAAACUGGCACAUGAGAAGUGCAGCAGGCUGACCUUAACUGCAGCAAAAAAGCAUCUUUACUUACUGUUUUCAGAAGUGAAAAGCUGAAGAUUGUUGGCAAUUCAACCUUUUUUUUUGUUUUUUUUUUGUUUUUUUUAAUUGACAUUCGUUGAGAUCUCGGAGUUACCUGAGCCAAAGUGAUUCUGCAUUCUUCACCCAUUAGUUAGCACUUUGUAACAUUACCUACAGUUUACAUGUAUGAGUUGUAGCUUAUAAAACAUUUUGUGCCAUUAAAGCUCUCACAAAACUGCUGGUCUGAAA